AUGUAUCCAAAUUGGCUCGUUCUGCUCCACUUGCUGCCGGUUUGUUUGGCAGUUGGUUCGCAAAUGUUUGCACAGCCGCUGACAAAGAGCCACAGCAGCGGCACUUUGAGCAUCAAUCGGGCGGAGGGUGUGCAGGUUGAGGCAGCCGCUCUCCGGCAGCAUCUGCAGCAAAUCACGGGCAGCGAGGCGUUGGCGCCAUUGUUGCUCGAGUUACUGGGCCAAACUGUGCCAAAUUGGCAGGAGCAAUCCCGGCAGCAGCAGCAGCAGCAACAUCCGCCAGCCCACCAGCAACACCAGCCAAAACAGCAGCAACAACAGGCCACAAAUCAACCGCAACAAGGGGGGCAACACUUUUUUGUUUAUGAAAACGCCGCGGGUCAACCACCUCAGAUAUUGGCCGGGUUCAAUGGCGUCAAUCUGCAACCUGAGCAGCCCGGCCUCCAGCCAAAGCCCAGGCCCAGGCCCAGGCCCAAGCCGGAGCAAAAGCCAAUUCAGACUGAACAACAAUAUAUAGGAGCCGGGCCAAAAAUCGCUGAGGCGCCGCCAGCCGCAGCCGUUUGGGCGCCGCGUCUCGAGAGCCACCCGCCCCCAUCCCCGAGAGUUGCAGCGCCAGCAAGUUGCCAGCUCAGCGGCAAUCCAUCGCAAGUUGCCGCUGUUGCAGGCAGGCCCGGUGCCACGCCCACCACGCCCGCCACGCCCUCCUUGGGGAGUGGCUACGAGGCGGUGCCGCUGCUCAGUGCCACGGCGCUCAAGGCGACAGCUGGUUAA